ACUUAUGAUAUUGAUUAUGUGUGUGAAAAAAGUUUUAAACCAAGCAUUUUGGAUGGAGAGAUUACAGGUUUCAAUGAUGUAGGUGGCCAGAAUAUGAACUAGGUACACACAAAAAUGGGUCUGAAUUAAUGUUAGUGGAUUACCAAAACGGUUCCACAAAUGCUCCUCUAUAUUGAGUAUUGCUGAAUACUGUAAAAGCAUGUACCACAGAAAGCAGGGAUGAUGAUCUGUUCACCAUUAAUAAAUGCAUAAACUUUGGAACAGUUUAUAUAGCAUCAGCCGCUUCACAUAAAAUUGAGACACAUUUCACCAGAAGUCCUCUACCUCUGCUCUAAUUUUUCAACUGAGGCAAAAUGGUCUCAGCUUCUUCUCCCCCUUCCAAGGAAAUGGAAGCUAAAUCAGAUCAGAAAUGGGUGGAGAAUGGUCCCUCUCGCAAUGCCAAAUGGUGGUACUCAACUUUUCACACUGUGACAGCCAUGAUUGGUGCUGGUGUUCUCAGUCUGCCCUAUGCCAUGGCAUAUCUAGGAUGGGUACCAGGGACCUUGAUUCUGUUUCUAACUUGGUGCCUGACCUUAAACUCAAUGUGGCAAAUGAUCCAACUCCAUGAGUGUGUCCCUGGAACCCGGUUUGAUCGUUACAUUGAUCUUGGUAGACAUGCUUUUGGACCGAAGUUAGGACCAUGGAUUGUGCUGCCCCAGCAACUGAUUGUGCAAGUUGGGUGUAAUAUUGUUUAUAUGGUCACCGGAGGGAAGUGCCUGAAGAAGUUCAUGGAGAUUGCUUGCACCAAUUGUACUCAACUCAAGCAAUCUUGGUGGAUUGUCAUUUUUGGUGGCAUCCAUUUCCUCUUGUCUCAGCUUCCCAAUUUCAACUCCGUUGCAGGAGUUUCUUUAGCAGCUGCAGUGAUGUCACUGAGUUAUUCAACUAUAUCUUGGGUGGCAUGUUUGGCUAGAGGCCGUGUUGACAAUGUUAGCUAUGCAUACAAACAAACCAGUUCUACGGACUUAAUGUUCAGAAUCUUCAAUGCACUUGGUCAAAUUUCAUUUGCAUUUGCUGGCCAUGCAGUGACCCUUGAAAUUCAGGCCACAAUUCCAUCAACUCCUGAGAAGCCCUCAAAGAUACCAAUGUGGAGAGGUGCUAUAGGUGCAUAUUUCAUCAAUGCUAUAUGCUAUUUCCCACUGGCACUGGUAGGAUAUUGGACCUUUGGAAGAGAUGUUGAGGACAAUGUGCUUAUGGAAUUUGAAAAACCUGCGUGGCUCAUAGCCUCAGCUAACUUGAUGGUAUUCAUUCAUGUUGUUGGUAGCUACCAGGUUUAUGCUAUGCCUGUUUUUGACUUGAUCGAGAGGUCGAUGGUCAAAAGAUUGAACUUCCCUCCUGGAUUAUCUCUUAGACUUGUAGCUAGAUCAGCUUUUGUUGCUUUUACAUUAUUUGUUGGGGUGACAUUCCCUUUCUUUGGUGAUCUUCUUGGGUUCUUUGGUGGCUUUGGUUUUGCUCCUACUUCAUACUUUCUUCCUAGUGUGAUGUGGCUGAUCAUCAAGAAGCCAAAGAGAUUCAGCAUCAACUGGUUCAUCAACUGGGGUUCAAUAUAUGUUGGAGUGUGCAUUAUGUUGGUAUCUACUAUUGGUGGCUUAAGGAAUAUUGUUGCUGACUCUUCUACUUAUAAGUUUUACACCUAAAAAUCUAGUUUAUGUUAUUGAAAAAAUAUGUAAGCAUAAGCAAUUAAUCUAGUUUAUUAAACUGAAGUUGGGGAUUUUCUAAUUUGUGGUGUCUGUCCUCCUUCAAGCAGCAA